AUGACCCCCCAAGUAAUUGUCCUCGCCGGCGGAACAGGCGAUUUCGGCCGCUACCUGACGGAAGCUCUCGCCAACAGCGCAGACUACGCCGUGGCAAUCCUAACCCGCUCCUCACAACCAACCCCGCACCCCGCUCACCCCAAAAUAACCACCCACCAAACAGACUACACACCGGCCUCCCUCAUCCAGAUUCUCAACACCACGCGCGCCACAGCCCUAAUCUCGAUUAUCCGCUGCGCAAACGACGACUACCUUCUGCUCCACAACAACCUGUUAAAAGCCUGUCUAGCCUCCGAAACCUGCAAGCGUCUGAUCCCCUCCGAAUGGGCCGGUAACACCGACGACUUCCCGGACCUACCGCGCUCAUACGGCCUCACACGCGCCCCGUUCCGGAAGAUCCUGCAUUCCCCCGUCGCCGAAGGCAUCCGAUGGACAUGUAUCAACCACGGAUGGUUCAUGGACUACUUCCUCCCUGAAGGGAAGUCGUACAUGAAGUAUAUCCCGGGGGAAUUCCCCAUCGACCCGUUGACGUGGACGUACCACGUUAAGGGGACAGGCGAGGAGCCACAGACGUGGACGUGUGCGCAGGAUGUUGCGGCUGCGGUGGUUAUCUUGCUAGGAAAGGGGGAGUGGGAACCGGUAACAUACGUGGCCGGCGAAUGGGGCACGUUUAACUCUGCAGCGACGCUGCUGGAGCGGUAUUACGACCGCCCAUUCAAGCGGGAGUACCGCACCCUCGAGCAGAUCUACCAUGACCUGGAGCAUUCCCCGACGGACUCGGCGAGUCUGAAUUUGUCACUGGCAGAGCUGGAGGAGUGUACGGUUACCGGCGCGGUUUGCUGUCCGCGGGAGAAGACGCUGAGGCAGCGGGAGGAGUUUUUCUCUGGGGUCAGAUUUUUGGGUUUGGAAGAGAUGCUGGAGAGGGCGGAGAAGGAGGGGUGUAUUUGA